AUGAGAAUUAUAAUUUUUUCUAUAAUAAUUAAUUUUCUUAAAAUUAGAAGUAAUGUAGAUGAGGAUAACGAUUCAGGGAUAGAUUUGAUAUUUCAAGAAGAUCAAUUACCAAAUAGCAAUUCAUUGGAGGAAUUAAAAGAAUAUUACAUGAUAUUUUUACAAAAAUACUAUUUUUUAAUGAUAGCAAUAUUAUUAUUUGUUCUUUCAGUAAUUGUCUUUAUUGGAUUUUUAAUAGAUAAAAAUUAA